GCAAGAGAAGGUUGAGGUACCACAAUGAUCGGAAGACUGGUUCCUUUGAUUCUUCUAAGUACAUUGUCUUUGAUUGAAAUGAGAGAGAUUCCUCAGCAGAUGUCUUUACAUGAGGCUAAACUUGGAGAUGAUGUGAAUCUGACAUGUGUGAAAAAUAAUGCAGAGUUUUCUUACUGGUAUAAGUUGAAUUUUGGAUACUUGCUUGAAACAGUUGCUAAAAGAACUUAUGGAAGAAUAUCCCUCAGUGGACAAUUUAACAACUCAAGAUUCAGUGCCACAAAAGUAGGUCAUGUGUAUUCUCUUAUCAUAAGAAAUGUAAGCAAAGAAGAUGAAGCAACUUACCUCUGUCAUGCAGGAUCGGUAUAUGAACCAGAAUUUAUAAAUGGCACAAUUUUGGCAGUGAAAGAUCCUAAAACUCAACUUAAAUCUGUAACUGUGAAACAAACUCCAGACAUGGAGUCAGUCAAGCUGGGUGAUACAAUGACUCUGCAGUGUUCGCUCCUCUCCAAGAACGAGAAUGACACAGAUCAGUGUCCAGAUGAAGACAAAGUGCACUGGUUCAAAGGUGGAUCAGAAUCCCAUCCAGGCGUCAUUUACCACGGCAGUCUCAGAAAUAAAGAGGACGGGAGAUGUGACUACAGUCUGUCCAAAACUGUAACAAACUCAUCUGAUGCUGGGACGUACUACUGUGCUGUUGUCACAUGCAGUGAGAUCCUGUUUGGUGAAGGAACAAAAGUGGUGACAAAUGAGUUCCCGCUCAGUGCUGUGCUUGUGACGCUGCUGAUCUUCUCUGUGCUUGUAAAUUUUGGUCUGAUUGUCUCCAGAAAAAAGAAGCCAACUUGUGAACAGUCCAAAGGAGGAGAAACCGUCUCCACUCAGCCUCCAAUCAAUGACCAGGGUAGAUCAACUGCAGAUCAACUGAGUAAUGUGGACGGUGAAGAAGUAGGAGUCAACUAUGCGGCGCUGGACUUCCCCUCGAGAAAAGCUAAAAAAUGGAAGAAUAAGUGGGAGCUACCAGAUGACAGCAUAUAUUCUGGCAUGAUAGACUACCAGUAAAAUGCUCUCCUCAUCAAGAAUGAAUAUUUAACAAUUUUCGUGCUGAUAUAUUAUUGUUAGUAGCACUGCAAAAUAGAUUAGGCUAGAGAUGGGACAUAUGUUUUGUAAUGCUGGCUAUUUAAAUCAAAAAUAUAUAUGUUAAGAUUAUGUGGAUCUUUAUAUUAUGUACUAUCAGAUUUGA